AUCGAACAAAUGCCGUAUGCAUAAAAACUUGGCAUCAUUUGGUGGAAAGAAAAUACACAACAAAAUAUGGUUGUGCCUACAAUGGAUACUCUACCCCGCGUCCCCGACACACAUGGCGAUGUUGUCGACGAAAAGCUAUUUUCCGAUUUAUAUAUUCGCACAACAUGGGUUGAUGCCCAAAUAGCUUUGGAUCAAAUCGACAAAGGUAAAGCCCGCGGUAAUCGUACAUCAAUUUACCUACGUUCAGUAUUUCAAUCACAUUUCGAAUCUUUGGGCAGCUCUGUGCAAAAACAUGCCGGAAAGGUUCUAUUUGUGGCAAUUCUAGUAUUAAGCACAUUCUGUGUUGGCCUUAAAAGUGUACAUAUUCAUUCGAAAGUGCAUCAGCUAUGGAUACAGGAGGGUGGACGACUCGAGACCGAACUAGCAUACACUCAAAAGACAAUUGGAGAAUCUGAGAGUUCAACGCACCAAUUACUUAUACAAACUGGACACGAUCCGAAUGCAUCCGUUCUGCAUCCGCAGGCACUGCUGACGCAUCUAGAAGUUCUGAAGAGGGCCACUGCGGUUAAAAUACACAUGUUUGACACAGAUUGGAGUCUAAGAGACAUGUGUAAUUCGCCAACGACGCCAAGCUUCGAGGGACCAUUUUACAUUGAACAGAUAUUUAAGCACAUCAUUCCGUGUUCCAUAAUAACGCCGUUAGAUUGUUUCUGGGAGGGAAGUCAACUGCUGGGACCAGAUUUUCCCGUUCAAAUACCGGGCAUAGACAAACGCAUCACCUGGAGCACGCUUAAUCCUUCGAAACUAAUGCAAUCGAUGAAGAAGCAAAUGAACGAUCAAAAGAUACCCUUCGAUUUUGACACAAUAGAACAGUAUAUGAAGCGUGCGGCAAUUUCAUCUGGCUACACCGAAAAGCCCUGUCUGGAUCCCAAAAAUCCACAGUGUCCUGAAACUGCACCGAACAAAAACAGUGACUUUCCCUUGGACGUAGGAGGAGUAUUGACUGGUGGUUGCUACGGGUUUGCUGCCAAAUACAUGCACUGGCCCGAGGAGUUGAUUGUGGGUGGUGUGCAGCGCAAUCGCACCGGCCACUUGAAACGAGCCAAAGCUAUUCAGACUGUGGUACAGCUGAUGACCGAGAAGGAAAUGUUUGACUUUUGGAAUGAAAACUACAAAGUCCACCACAUUAGCUGGACACCCGAAAAGGCGGCAGAGGUUUUAAAUGCCUGGCAGCGGAAUUUUUCCAAAGAAGUGGAGAACAUUAUGAAUGGCCCAAACAUGUCCAAGAAAUACAAUGUGUACGUGUUCUCUUCGGCCACAUUGGACGACAUUUUGGAGAAAUUCUCCAAUCCGAAGCCUUUAAGUAUCCUAAUUGGAGUUAUUGCCACCGUGAGCUAUGCCUUCUGCACACUCAUUCGUUGGCGGGAUCCUGUGAAGGGACAGUCCAGCGUCGGUGUAGCUGGGGUGUUAUUGAUUGGCUUUUCGACUGCAGCUGGUUUGGGUUUAUGUGCCAUUUUGGGUAUUGUGUUCAAUGCAGCCAGCACGCAGGUUGUUCCGUUUCUAGCUUUGGGGCUAGGAGUUGAUCACAUAUUUAUGCUUACGGCUGCGUAUGCGGAGAGCAAUCGCAAAGAGCAAACCAAGUACAUUUUGAAGAAAGUAGGCCCCAGUAUACUGUUUAGUGCUUGUUCAACGACAGGAGCAUUUUUCGCGGCCGCAUUUAUUCCGGUGCCUGCACUGAAAGUGUUUUGCCUUCAAGCCGCAAUUGUUAUGUGUUUUAAUCUGGCGGCGGCACUGCUCGUGUUUCCAGCCAUGAUAUCAUUAGACUUGCGAAGGCGGACAGCCGGCCGAGCUGACAUUUCUUGCUGUUGUUUUCCUAUAUGGAAAGAACCGCCUGCCAAUAAUUUCCAGCAGAUACAAACUAACAAUUCCUUAAAGAAUGGCCGUAGUAGUUUCAAGAGCCAUGGAAGCAUGCAAAGCAAAUCCUGUAAAAACAUUAGACCGACACCCGCACACAGUACUGCGCGGCAAGACGACGCGCUAUUGUCCUGCUCGGCUGAGAAAAGCCUACCAUCAUUUUCUCUAGCCAAGUUUGCCGUUAAGUACUACACGCCAUUUCUUAUGAAGAGCUGGAUUAAGUUCAUUGUCAUAACAUCGUUUGUGGGUACGGUUAUAUUCAGUCUGUACGCCUCGACAAAGCUACAGGAUGGCCUGGAUUUGAUAGACCUAGUACCCAAGGAAACGAAUGAGUACAAAUUCUUGAAUGCCCAAACGUCAAUGUUCGGCUUUUAUAGCAUGUAUGCGGUUACUCAGGGAAACUUUGAGUAUCCAAAUAAUCAACGACUCCUACAUGAAUACCACGAAGCCUUUGUUCGGGUGCCCCACGUCAUUAAAAAUGACAAUGGAGGCCUACCAGAUUUUUGGCUGUCCCUUUUCCGUGAUUGGUUGCGAAAUUUGCAGAAAAUAUUUGAUCGUGAGUUCAAGGAUGGUUGCAUCAAUCAGGAGGGUUGGCAUCCUAAUGCUACAAGUGACGCGAUACUUGCAUACAAGUUGCUGGUGCAAACGGGGCACGUGGAUAAUCCGGUUGACAAGGCAUUGGUAGUACAACACCGCUUAGUAGACAACGAGGGCAUAAUAAAUCCCAAAGCAUUCUACAACUACCUAUCCGCUUGGGCAACAAACGACGUGUUCGCAUAUGGUGCCUCUCAGGCGAAGUUACAUCCUGAGCCUCGUCAAUAUUACCACGUUCCGACGGAAACUGACUUGAAAAUACCGAAAUCUUUACCUCUGGUUUAUUCCCAGUUGCCAUUCUAUUUGCAUGGCUUAACAGAUACAUCGGAAAUUAAAUCAUUAAUCGCCCACAUCCGAGACUUGAGCAUGCGCUUCGAGUCGCGAGGAUUACCCAACUAUCCAUCUGGUAUUCCAUUCAUAUUCUGGGAACAAUACAUGACCUUGAGGUCUUCCCUGGCUAUGAUUUUGUCAUGCUGCAUCAUAGUGGCAUUCAUUCUAGUCUGCAUUCUUUUACUUUCGAUGUGGGCCGCUGUUUUGGUCAUAGUAAGUGUGUUGGCUUCAUUGGCACAGAUUUUUGGAGUUAUGGCGGUAUUGGGUAUUAAGUUAUCGGCUUUGCCUGCUGUUAUUCUCAUACUGAGUGUGGGCAUGAUGCUUUGUUUCACCGUUCACAUUACACUGGGUUUUCUAACUUCUGUUGGUAACCGCGAACGUCGUAUUUUGUUGUCCAUGCAAGUUACAUUGGGCCCACUGACUCAUGGCAUUCUUACGUCAACACUCGCCGUUUUUAUGUUAUCCACCUCACCGUUUGAGUUUGUCAUUCGCCACUUCUUCUGGCUACUUUUAGCUGUACUUUGUGUGGGAGCUUUUAACAGUUUGGUAAUGUAUCCUAUAGUAUUGAGUAUGGUUGGACCAGCGCCAGAACUUAUACCACUAGAACAUCCAGAUCGGAUUUCGACCCCCUCUCCACAAAUGGCACGCAAUAGUAAACGAAACAAUAAGAACAUCGCCAUGGGAUCAAUGCGAUCUUCAUCACGUAGUUGUCAGAAACCGCACUACAAUUAUAAAGAUAACAAUGACCCUUCGUUGACAACCAUUACUGAAGAGCCACCCUCGUGGAAAUCAUCCAAUUCGUCGAUACCAAUGAAUAACGACUCCAACGUGCAUGACGCCAACAUCGGCAUGGAGAGCUUUCCGCCCGAGUUACAAAGCAUUGUUGUUCAACCGGAAGUUACCGUCGAAACGCAUCACUCUGACUCGAACUCUACGAAAGUAACUGCCACCGCCAACAUUAAAGUCGAAUUAGUCACACCAGUCCGAUCGGUGCGCCGGUACAAUUUCACACCAUCAUAGCAAUAAAACAACAAUUAACCAAAAUCCCUCCAACUACACAAUUACAAUUAGAUA